CUCCCGCUCACAGGUGAGGCCGCGCUCGGCGGGGCGGGCGCAGCGCUGCGGGGCAGCCGCCGGCCCGCGGCGGCGGUGGCUGCGGCGGGGCACGAUGAACAGCUCCGACGAGGAGAAGCAGCUGGAGCGCCUCGCCAGCCUCAAGGACCAAGCUAUUGGUGAAUAUGAAGAGCUUAGAGCAGAAAAUAAGAAAACGAAAGAAGAGUGUGACAAAAUCAAGCAAGAACGAGAUGAGGCUGUCAAAAAACUGGAGGAGUUUCAGAAAAUUUCUCACAUGGUUAUUGAGGAAGUAAAUUGUAUUCAGAACCAUCUUGAAAUUGAGAAGACGUGCCGUGAAAGUGCUGAGGCUUUGGCUUCUAAGCUGAACAAAGAAAAUAAGACCUUGAAAAGAAUUAGUAUGAUUUAUAUGGCAAAACUGGGCCCAGAAAUUAUCACUGAAGAGAUUAACAUUGAUGAAGAUGAAUCAUCCACAGAUGCGGAAACUAGCUCUGGGUCAUGCAAUUCUGUGCAUUGUCAGCAGCAAAUAAAAGAGCUGCGAGAUCAAGUCGUGUCUGUUCAUGAGGAAAAGAAGACCUUAGCCAUUGAACUGGAAAACCUGAGGUGCAAACUUGUAGAAGUAAUUGAAGAAGUGAAUAAAUUGAAAGAAGAAAAGGCUGUUUUGACAACGGAAGUUGAUAAGCAACAAAAACUGUUGGAGAAAUGUAACAGAGUGUCUGUGAUGGCAGUAGAGGAAUAUGAAGAGCUCCGUGUAAACUUUGAACUGGAAAAGAACCUGCGGAAGAAAGCAGAGUCAUUUGCACAAGAGAUGUUUAUUGAACAGAACAAGAUGAAAAGGCAGAGUCAGUUGCUUCUGCAAAAUUCUGCUCCUGAUCAACAGCUUUUGAAGGCUUUGGAUGACAAUGCUAAGCUAACCCAGACAUUAGAAGAAGAGAGGCUUCAACACCAGCAAAAGAUCAAAGAAUUGGAAGAGCAGCUAGAGAAUCAAGCACUGCAUAAGGAGAUUAGUCGUCUUAAACAGCAACUAGAACUUCUGGAAGAAGAUAAAAAGGAACUAGAGCUUAAAUGUCAGCACUCCGAAGAAAAAGCUAGAGACCUAAAGCAUUCAGUUGAUGAACUUCAAAAACGAGUACAGCAGUCUGAAAAUCCUGCACCACCUCCUCCUCCACCGCCCCCUCCUCCCCUCCCUCCGCCCCCCCCUCCCAACCCUAUACGGUCUCUCAUGUCAAUGAUUCGCAAGAGAUCUCACUCCAACACCAAUGUGAGCAAGAAGGAGAAACCUCCUCAGCAGGAGUCAGGUGAAGAAGUUACGGAUCUGAAGAGACAAGCUGUUGAAGAAAUGAUGGACAGAAUUAAAAAGGGAGUUCACCUGAGACCAGUCAACCAGUCAAGCAGGCCUAAAACAAAGCCAGAAACACCAAAGCCCUCUGAAAGUGCAAUGAAGGAAUUAAAGGGGAUUCUGGAAACACUGAAUAAAUCCACUAGUUCCCGAAGCUUGAAGUCCCUUGAGACAGAGAGCGGCGAAACGGAGCUGGAGCGAGUCCUGCGCCGCCGCAAGGUGACCACUGACCAGGACAGUGGCAGUCCCACUGGAAUCUUGGCCACAUCAGAAUCAAAAUCUCUGCCUGUGCUAGGUUCAGGAGCCAGUGCUGCACAGACAGCGUUGAACAAGAAAGAUGUGGAGACAGAAUUUGCUUCCAAAGUACCCAACUCAGGACCUGUCUCUAACCAGCCUCAGGCUGCAACGGGCUCCAGGCCUACUUUGCAAUCAACUAGUCAUACAGAAUUUACAAGAAAAGCUUCUAGCAGUGAAAAAGACACCAAAUCCGUUGUAGUUUUAGAUCCUGUGUCCACCAGUGGGGAUCAGAUGUCUGAAAACACGCUGAACCAGAAUGAAAUUAAGGAAGAAAAAAGCAAGCCAACACAUAAAGAAAAUAAUGUUGAGAAAACAAAAGAAACAGAUAGUUCUAACUGUUAAUUGUUGUUCUGAAAGGCUGUAACUUUUGGGAGUCAUUAUCUGGACAUGUGAAUUGCUUAGGUGUGUUACUCGGGGCUACAGCCUGUACUCCAGACAGUUUUCAAUAAUACAGAUUGAAAUGGUCUUUUUGUAUGCAGUUUUGUUACAUGCACUGAAGUGUUAAAUAACUGUGUGUCACUCAAAAUCCCUUUCCCAUUUUAAUUUUGCAGAGAAGGUUAUUAAUUUCCUAGAUAGUGUCAGUUACCUUUACUUUUAAACUGUAUUUGAAAAGGCUUUUUAAAUUCUUUUAUUGAGAAGAUGCCUUGUUAAAGGUUGCCAGAAGCCCCUUGCAUCCCUCUUGAACUGGACAGCUUUGGGUUAGACCCUGUGAAGGUGAUUACACCCUCAUCAGCUUCAUUAGGGGGGGUGUUACUAAUUAUUAGAAAAAACAAACCAAUGUGUUUAGACACAUUGCUUUAAAAAUAUUUGAUAUCUACUUAAACCAAGAUCCUGCUGGUCUCCUCCACACAUUCCUUUGAGGAAGUGAAAAGCACAAGCACAACCCUCCUGUUUCAGGUUGCCCAGAAACCUAAAAGCAGAGGCAGUGCAGCAUCUCAUUGUGGGACCAAGAUUUUUGGCAACAAUAGCCAGAGUCAGAGGUUUGUGGGCUGAGACUGGUGCUCUCAUUUGGAUUAAAAGCUUUGCAAAGGAGGACUUCUUCCUGCUUUUUGUUUCAAUGUUAUAUGGCAAAUUUUGGAACUGCUGCAACUGGAGUCUGUAUUUGCUGCAAAAAAAUAACUUGCCCUAGGCUAUGGCUGGCACGGGCUACAUUUGGGAUUCAGUCGUAAUAUUUGGAAUCAACAUUUUGAGAACUCUCAGUUGAAAGCUCACAGUGCUAACAAAUUAGCCCCUGCUUUGAACCUGGCACACACUGAUGGCAAUAAUUUAUUAGGUGACACUCGAGAUAUCUGUAUUUGAUAACAGAAAUCCCAGUUUCCCUCAGCCCUUAUUUCCUUUGAAGACAGUGAGAUAGGAACAUGACCGAUUUGCUCCACUGCCAGUUCACAUUCCACUGUAGUCUCUUUUUAAAUUCAACACAGUAUCUCAUUCUUUUAUAAUGAAUGAACAAAUGUAAUCAGGGAUUUACCUAAAGAUUGGUGUAACUGGAAUUGGGUGGUCACGUACUUGAAUGCACUUGGAUUCUUUUUUUAUUUAAUUAUUUGAAACAGUGAUAGUAUUGAAGGAUGAAUGUUCUGAGUUUGUUGGUUUGGCUCUGCAUGCAACUGUCUGGUGCUUUUCCUAAAAAUAAAAUGAUAGUAAUGAGUGUGGUGGUUUCACAUCUAUUUCGGUGGGUUUUGCAUGUUUGCUAAGAAAAUCUUGGACUUGAUCUAAGUACUGAACUACAUACAGUUCAUAAACUUGGGGAAAUCUGUCUCUCAUUGAUGUUUUCAUUUCUUGGGGGCCGUUGGUUCUGGUUGUUAAUUUGUCAGUUAUCUGUUACAGUGAAUUUAAAAUGCAACAUUUCAUAUAUGUGUUUUUCCUCAAAUUAUUGCUGCUGUAUUAUAUGUUCAAAUUUUCACAUUAUACAAAAACCAGAAGUUUUUUCAAGAAGUAUUUCUUUUUCUUAAACUGUUUUGUUACCUAGGGCAUAAAUUAUUUCUUUAACUUUUCAUUGUUGCUUAUUAAAAAGACUCCUGACAAGUUUCCCAGACCUUGUGGAAUUGACUUGUUACUCCCUUCUUCCGAGUGAUGCCAGUUCCAGCUUCGUGCCCUACAUUUGGGGCUUGCAGUGAUGCACUAGUGUUGAUGCUCCAGCUGGAGUCUAACAGCAGCAUUGAGGGUGUGGGGGGAUGGAGCAGCACAACAGUCAAGGCCUUUGUUUUUUGUAAAAUGUGGUGAGGUUUUUUUUUACUGUUUGUCAACAGCUUGCUCUUUGUAUAGAGAGACAUUUCCACUUCCCCAAAACAAACAUUUAGCUUUGGACUUAACACAGCACAGUUUGUUUGGUCAAUUUGUAAACGCAGCACAGAAUUGUGUGGUGUUUUCAAACUAUAGUCACUGCUCAGUUAACUUGGUUUCAGCUGAAGGCAAUGGUCCCUGGGAAAAGAGAGGCCACUAUUUGAAAGCUUUUAGAAAUGUUUGGCUAAAGUGCUUGAAAAUAAAUGGAUUAAAGAAAAGUUAAUAUAUGAAUUUCAUACUAGAAUGAAAAUAAAUGGAUUAAGGAAUAGUUA